GCUGUUUACGCUUUGAUGACCCACAGACAAGAGAGAUGAGAAGAGAAACUGACAGAUUUGCACCUAUCCGGGAAUUAUUUGAUAAAUUUAUGGAGAAGUGUGAAAGGCACUAUACACCCAGUGAGAAUCUGUGUGUUGAUGAACAGUUGGUAGGAUUUCGUGGAAAAUGUUCAUUCAGGAUGUAUAUCCCAAGUAAGCCAGCCAAGUAUGGCAUAAAGUUGGUUAACAUAAAUGAUUGCAAGAGUAAAUACCUGCUAGGAAGUAUCCCGUACCUCGGAAAGGAUAAUAUACGGCCCUCAGCUGGAGUAGGACUGGGCCAUUAUUAUACUAAGGAGCUCACAAAGCCAUACCACAUGACAAACAGAAAUGUGACCACAGAUAAUUGGUUCACCUCCGUAGGACUUGUCGCUGAUCUUCUGCAAAACUGUGGAAUGACCUUGGUUGGAACGGUGAAGGCAAACAAGCGAGAACUACCAGAGAAGAUAAAGACCAAAGAUAAUCGUGAACCUGGAUCAAGUGCCUUUCUCUUCACAAAAGAGAUGACCCUGGUUUCAUAUGUGCCUCCAGUAGGAAAGACGGCUAAGAAGUUAGUCCUCUUGCUCUCAUCUAUGCAUAGCCAGCCAGUCCUGCAAAGAGAUGGAAAACCUGAGAUUAUAGAAUUUUAUAACCGCACCAAAGGAGGAGUUGAUGCAUUUGAUGGAAUGUGUGCCCUGUACUCUUGCAACAGGAAAACUAAAAGAUGGCCACUUUGUAUCUUUUACUGGAUAGUGAAUGCUGCUAUUACCAAUGCAAAGGUACUGUACACAGCACACCUAGAGACGACAGGAGUUACCAAGUUUCCAGAACGCCGUCGCUUCAUGCUAUGUCUUGCAAGAUCAUUCAUACGGCCAUGGGCUGAGAAGAGGUUGUCGAGUGCCACUCUCCCACGGAACCUAAGAACAUUUAUAACUACUGUCUGCAAUACUUCAUCAGUAGUCAACACACAGUACCCAACUGGCCAUGUACUUGCCCAAUGUAACUACCCUCAGGUACGCUGUGCUGAGUGCCCCCGCUCUCAAGACCGGAAGACACGCAUCAGGUGCCUGAAAUGUCAACGACCUGUGUGCAAAUCCCACUUGUACCCUACAUGUACAAGCUGUCUUGAGCUUGUGUGAGAUGUGGUGCCAGAAUGCUGAGGGGAUGGAAGAAGGAUUCAUUUCACCAUGGCAGGAAGCCCGUUUCUCUAAAGAAUUUUUUUUUUUAUAUUUUUUUUCGGGUUGCCUUUGUCCCAGUUUGUCAACGUGAUGGGCCAUAUAUGAAUGGGUAGUCAAGUACUUUUUCUGUUGUAACACAGUCUCCUUGCCAGGCAAAUAUUCAAGUUUUUCAUCAUGGAAGAAGCAUGCAGCAGCAGUGAAAAUCACAUUUUGCAGUUGCCUAACACGUGCGUCAAUUGCUAUUUGUGCUAUGGAGACUUUUGUGCAACUUUCACAGGGAAAAUUGACCUGUUGAUCGAUUUGUGUCAAAGGCAUGGCGUUUUGUUCUCACAUCGUACUUGUCCAACUUGUGAUGGAGAGUGUCGUAUAGACUUGAAUAAAAUGGCUUUCAGGUGUAAUAAGAGUUAUGCGAGUUUUAAAAAGAAAAGAAAGAGGUGUAACUUUUUUGUGUCUGUAUUUAAGGGUACAUGGUUUGCAAAUUCUCAUUUGGACAUGGAAACUAACUUGAAGUUUGUAGUUUUGUGGUUGCAAGAUUGGUUUUCCUAUAAGGCUGCUGAAACUGAACUAAAAUUACCUGCUGUGACUAUUGCAGACUGGUCCAGUUACUGCAGGGAAGUGAUUCUGUCCUGGGCCCUUAAGAAUAAUAAUAAUAAUAAAAUUGGUGGUGCCAAUCAAACAGUUGAGCUUAAUCAGGCAGAAUUCGGCCGGAAGAAAUGCAGUGUUCGCCAUAUUGUAGAAGGCCAAUGGGCAUUUGGAGGAAUUUGUAGAGACACACGACAAUUUUUCAUGAUUCCCGUAGAUGCAUGCAAUAGGGACACACUGCUGCAUAUCAUAAAGGAAAAAAUUGAACCAGGCAGCACUGUUAUAUCUGAUUGUUGGCAGGAAUAUAAUUGUGUGUUAAGUGAAGAUUACGAAGAACUUAAAGUCAGUCAAAGCCUCAAUUUUAAGAAUCCGGUGAAUGGUGCCCUUACAAAUGCCACAAGGAGGAAGUGGCUGGGCACCAGGAGUCUGUUACGUGUAAUUCGUAAAAAGAAGAUGAGUAUGGUUGGGUACCUUGCCACCUCUUACUUCAAGCAGCACAUUGUGGACAGCACUCGUCGUCUUCAUCUCUUCUUACAUGCAACUUCGCAGUUUUAUCCUCCGGCCAAAUGAGGUUGAACAGAUGACAUUGCCACCUUAUGCUUUUAUGAAGGUUAUGGGUGACAGUGCUGUUUUUGAUCCAGGUUAGAUGCAGGAAUGUGCAACACCCUUAGGGCAACUCCAGGUCAUUCUAUUGAGCUGCUAGAGAGGUGUAUUUCUGGUGAUGGAAGUUCACUCUCGAUGUGGUUCAAAAGUCUCAUAAGGUCGUUGGUCCCGUUGCUGAAUAACCACUGGUUUCAUGCUAAGUAAAAACACCUUACUAAAAAGCAAACAAACAAAACAAACACCCAUGGGACAUAACAAUGGGUAACUUCUCGCCAUAAGAUGAGACUCCAGCGCAGAAUUAUUCAAUGACGUGAAAAAGAAGGUGGGAGCAGCUGGGCCUUCCCACCAAGAUCUGACAAAAGCAGCUUCCCAUCCGAAAACUACUUAUGCAAACCCAGGAGUCAGAAAGCAAGUAGGGCCGAAGGUGUUGUGACUUGGAAUGAGCUUGGUUAACUCAGUAUCUCAUCAAUGAUGUUUUGCUUAGUUCACCUGAAUAUACUGUUGACAGAAUUAUAACUGAUUCCUUCUGUGAGGUAAAAUGUUUAUAAUUUGACACUUCAUAAAAAGUAUGUUAUGCUUCUGUUGCAGAUAUCAUCAGGUAGAUGAGACUGAUAAGGUCAUUUUUUAUUUUCUGGUGGCUUCUAUUGUAUGGUAAUAGUCCGAUUGCUACUAGAACUCUUCAAUUAAGAGAUUGUCUGUCAUCUGCCAUGAACAUUGUGAACAGCUGCUGGAGAAGUGUAUUUCUGGUAUGGAAGUUCUCUCGAUGUGCUUCAGAAGUCCCGUUGCUGAAUAACCACUGGUUCCAUGCAAUUAAAAACACCAUACUAAAAACAAACAAAGCAAACAACCCAUGGGAGACAACAAUCAAUAACUUCUCGCUAUAAGAUGUGGACUCCAACGCAGAAUUAUUCAAUGAGGUGAAAAAGAAGGUGGGAGCAGCUGGGCCUUCCCACCAAGAUCAGAUCAUCUGACAAAAGCAGCUUCCCAUCUGAAAACUACUUAUGCAAACCCAGGAGUCAGAAAGCAGAUGUCAUGAGGUAGAUGAGUCUGAUGAGGUCAUUUAUUAUUUUCUGGAUUGUCUGUGUCAUCUGCUGUGAACAUUGUGAACAGUCAUGUCUUCAGUCAGUGCUUCCAACUUGAUUGGUAUAAUGGCAGUGGUACACUACAGUAAUGUUGGAGAUGUUGGAGCUGAAUUUCCUGAUGAAAUAAUGUCAGGGAUUUUGGAGCUGAAUUUCCUGAUAAAAUCAUGUCUUCAGUCAGUGCUUCCAACUUGAUUGGUAUAAUGGCAGUGGUACACUACAGAAAUGUUGGGGAUGUUGGAGCUGAAUUUCCUGAUAAAAGUUAAACAAGGAAUUCUCCAGGGUGGUUAUUAUAAGCGUCUGCCAUUUCAAGCAAACUUAGUUGAUGCUGGUGCUUUGUUUUUCUGUAAUGUUAAACAAGGAAUUCUCCAGGGUGGUUAUAAGCGUCUGCCAUUUCAAGCAAACUUAGUUGAUGCUGGUGCCUUCUGUAAUGUAAUGGUGCCUUCUGUAAUGGUUUGAGCGGCUGGGUUCAGCGAAGUAGAACUGGAGUGGUUGUAUCCUCUGUGUAGCUGUGGUGUUGAGGGAUGCAGACUAGUACAAGGUCGCCAAGGUUCAAGGGUUUGAUGAGUGAUUUGGAAUUGUUGGUGUAAUUGGGUGACUACUGGAAGUCAUUAAGUGAAGGUGAGGUCUGUUUAUAUCAAGAUUCCAGUGCAUCACUUCCAGUAGUAGAAUAUUAUUUUUUAUUACAGUAUUGAGUUUUCAUGUCGUGUAACCAGCUAUGGUUGAAAUUUUCUGAAGAACGAGACUUGAAAUCUAUCAUAACAGAUUUCGUAUGGUGUCCACGUCAUCUGCCUUGAGCCUGUGAACAGUGACCAAGAUGCUUGUGUUGGUGGACGUUUGUAGCCAAAGAUUGAGACGAAAACUAAAAAAAACAGUUUCUUGCAGGUACCAUGUGCACUAGAACUUCCUCCUACUAGAGUACUGUAAGUACCAUGUAACCUAAUCUCACUACUUCGCAGUCUUUGAUGGUCAAAGUCUUAAUCCACUUGUGUUGUUAGCAGCUUUGGUAAAAAUAUUGGUGAAGCCUCAAAAUUUUCCUACCAUGGUUCAGGAGUCAGGUUAUUUCUUGGGAAUGGCUAUAUAAUUACUGUCCGUGUGCAUGUGCUGGCAAAGGUGAGCUUGGUUGGAGUUAGGUGAUUAAAAUCUCAUUUAUUUGUGCAGUUAACCAUUUCUGCUCCUGAAAUUUAUAGUGAUUUAAGUUUGCCAGUGAACAUACCACAACUUUCAAUAUCAGUUCCAUUAUUUCAGGUUGCAUGCAGUCCUUGUCUGCUUCCUUGUCUUUGGAGAGGUAUUCAGAAAUCACUUUAUUUGUCUGCUUUCUCUAACAAAGUUUUGUCCUUAUUGAACCCAGUCUUGACCUGAUUGAUUGACGUUUUCCAGCAUGUAACUAUAACUUCAAAUUCUGUAACUAAGGUUUGGCCUUAUUGAACCCGAUCUUGGCCUGAUUGUUCGACACUUUCCAGCAUGUAACAAUAAAUUCAGUUAAAAGGUAUAAAGUACCUUUAAAUUGGUUCACGAAAUCUUCACAAUGCUUACAAACUUGCUCAUGAAGGGCUGAUGUUUAUAUAUACUGUUGAAUAAAAUGUGAAAGGAUUGUUGAAUUUUAUUUGUACCUGAAGCUUUAUGAAGUCUAAUAAUUAUUAAACUGGGUUUGGAUGUGUUGGUGGGUGGCAGAACACCUAGGCAUUCUUCCCAAGUUGUGCAGAAACAUGGCAAAUGAAAGAUUUACUAAAUUUGGUGAAGAAAAAUGCCCAGUAUUAAGUGUCUCCGUCCAUAAAGUCUAGAAAGUUCGGUUCUCUGCUAAUCCACUGAGGGUGAAAUAAGUGUAUUUCUGGUGAUAGAAGCCGUUUUUCCCGUUGCUGAGUAACCGCUUGUUCCAUGCAACGUAAAAGCACCAGACAAACUAAAAGGAAUGUCAUCGAAAGUAUUGUUGACAAAGCAAGUAACAAGAAGUUGGUAGAUGGAUCUGUUACCAUGCAUAGGCAAAAGGAGCACAAUAAGGUAGUGGACCAGAGAAAAUAGCUCAAUCUUGUACCAGCCUGCAAACUUAUAUAAGUUUCACCCACCAAUGCAGUGGGUACCCGAGACGUUGGUGAUCCCAACUAAUGGUGACUGACCAUACCACAAAAUGCUGUAGUGGACUACGUGUUUUAUCAAAGAAUAUUCCAUUAGAUUCUAAUACAAAUAAGUUAUUCGUUAGAAAUGUAACUAGCCUGUCUGAAAAUGGCAAGUUUUUAAUUUUAGUUUUGUUUUGAGAGAAGGGACCGUGUUUGGUAAACCUAAGAAUAAUUUUUAUAUUAAACUUAUAAGGAAGGGGUAUAUCGAUAUGCUUGGUCACGCUUUCAGGUAAUGACCUGGAUUUUUGUCUUUCCUGGCCUUCUAUUUUUUUUAUAUAAAGAUUUUGAUUUUAGUUUAAAUUUUACCAACCAAAUGUAACAAGAUAAGCUCCCAUCAUUCAGGUUGCUAAAUCUAACGUCCAGGAAUAGGCAAUCUGUUGCAUCGAUGAAAUUUUAUUUUCAAUCUUACUCAUCUGGUCACUUGUAUAGAAGUUCACUCUCGACGUGGUUCGGAAGUCACGUAAAGCCGUUGGUCCCGUUGCUGAAUAACCACUGGUUCCAUGCAACGUAAAAACACCAUACAAACAAACAAACAAAAUCUGGUCACUUGUGCUGGAAUAAUCAGCUGACGUAGGUAAUUUUUACCAAAUGACUAUACCACCAUAUGAAAUGGUUGAAGAGAUACUGCAAUUCAAGGGAGAGGGUUACAUGUGUAACUAAUAUAAUCUGUCCUGCUGCUACACGUGAAUCUCGAUAAGCCAAGACUGUGACGUCAUACGAGAAUGCUCUGGUUUAUAAUCGAUAACUAGUUCCAACAGAUGCAAUGAUCAUUCUACACGAAGCGUAGAGGCUGGUUGUUUCGCUCUAGGUUUUGUGAACGAAUUUUCCCGAUAACUAUAUGUAUUACAAAUCAAUUUCAUUACGAAAAACUGUAAAAACGGUUUGGCCGUGUCAAGCUACAGACGGCAAUGAAACUGGAGAGUAGCCAAAAACCCGCGAAUCGGGAAAGGAGCUUUCUACGUUUUUAAGUUUUAAGGGCCAGUAUUGCCCCCUGUGCCUUAGUGUCGACGCUGCAUCUGUGAAACGUAAAAAAAAAAAAAAAAAAUGUCAGGGUGGAGGUACGGAUUUGCAGGGGAAGAAGACGACCGGUGCCGUUCAUGCACUGUAUAUCUGCAUCGGCGUCCGAUAGUGGAGGUUCUGGCUUACCACUGGUCCAUCUAUUUCGACUGGGGUGACUACGAUGCCACGUACGAGGCAGACGACAAGGACGGGUAUUUAGUGCCCAAAUGGAACAGGGGCCGACCCGAUAACCCAGAAGGAUCGAUAGAAAUCAAAGUCGGAACGGGGCGUUUCUCUCCGAAGAGAGUGAACGAAGCCGCCAAGCGGAACAAGUACAGCGGGAGACACUUCGUCCUGACGCUCGUGAACUGUCAGGUCUGGGCGACUGAACUGGCCAAAUUGCUGGGCUUGGCAAUCCCCAUUCCUUGCAAUAUGAUUCAGGUGCUGAGUCCGCCACUUGGACUAGUUCUGAGUGCUGCUCAUUACCUAGGAUUAUUCGGGAAGAAAACAAGUGGAAGUGGUUGGAGCUAGAACAACAACAUAUACUGGUUCAAGCAUUCUGUGACGAAGGUAAUAUGAGGAGCCAUAAUGUAUUGAUAAUGGUCUACGAAGCUGAUAUUGAAUAUUAUCCUUUCAUUGUACUAAAAUGCAAUGGAUAGGAUGAGACAUAUCACAUACUGAUUUAUGUAAACGUAUUCACGUACACGCUUCCAUAGAUUACGUAAUAUACGUACUGAUGCAAGCACGUACUUCCUACAAUCAAGUUGGUGUGAAUCUCUUGAUAUAUAUUUAAAUAUAAUUUUAAGCUUAAUGUAUGAAGUUGAUAUCGUUAAAACUUUCACUCAAAGAUGAGAGGAAAAAUGUUAGCUAUUUAUUUAAGAAUAUUAAAUUUCCCGUAUGGAUAAUGUAUGCUAAUAAAGUUAUUAUUGUUUGUAAGUUCUUUCACUAUCCACUGACCGUGUUUUUACAUCAUGAAUGAUUCUCGUCCCUGAGGGAAUGGAUGUUUAAAAGGUCUUGCGAGGAAGGAGUGUACCUAUAGAAAGUCUCGGAUAUCACAAUUUUAGGCUUAACGAAGAGUGACCUGGUGGGUUAGUCCUAAAUGUGCUGAAGAACCGCUUUAUUGUUCUCGUAGUUAACUUACUAUCUCCAUUGCAUUGUCUAACGCCUUCAUUUUAUUCAACAUCGAAUAGAAACUUUUCGUAACUCGUCUGGGAAAGCUUGUUGCCAAGGGCGGGAGGUAUUCGACAGUUGGGGGUCCGGGUGGGCCAGUUCCCGUUCCUGCAAGGUCAGGACUCGGGAUUCAGUAAGGGUAGGUUCAGAACGCCGUAUCCCUCAGCAACGGAAGGUCCACACCACCGUCUCUGAUCGUUUGGCUGCUUAAAAAGAAAAAAAAGGGGCGUCCACGAUGGACGAUCGUUACAACUUGUACCUGCAGCAGAAGGCGAUGGAGGACAAACGAGAGCUCAUGCGAGGAGAAGAUGGCUAACAAUAUGGAACUCAACUGAUGAUGAGAAGGGUGAGGCCAGAGUGGAUAGAGGCCGCCUGGUAUACAAGGAAGGAAGGUCUCUGAUCCAUGGUGUAAACAAAUCAUCUUCUUCUUCUUCUUCUUCUUCUUCUUCUUCUCAAGUUUCUGCUGAAGUUUCGUUACUCAAAACCUUAAAGAUUUGUCCCCCUCUAGGAGAAGCAAUUCUACCUCCCAUGUGACAAUUUUAUCGUGUAUGACCAUGAAUUUAAAAUUUGUGUAUGGCUAUAUUUUGAAAAUUUGUGUAUGACUGUAAAUCUAAAUAACGGCCAAUGGAAAUUAUUUUGGUCUCUGAAGGAUAUAUAGUUAUUUUUUUCUUUUGGAUGAGUUAAGCUUGAUUUUUGUAUUCGGAAUCUAUUUCCUUUUAACAUUAAGGAAUACGCGUGUGGCGAUUUGACCAAGGAACAGAUUCACGGUUUGUGUUCCCGUUAUGAAAGUCACGAAUCAAAGGCUGUCGUCGGCUCCUUCGUGGCUGGAAGUUUGACGAACAAAAAUCUGUGUGUCAAGUGUUUCUUGGACAAAGAUGUCUCACUCAUGCAGUUACCUCGACAGGUGGAUUUAUUUUUCAUCCUUAUCUAAUGACAAAAUUAUUGUUUCCAUGAUUAAUCUGUCGAGCUUUCUGUUACUUUUAGUGCUAAGAACUUCGUUUGUAUAUCACAUUUGAAAACUUUGCCAAAACUGCAAAGGUAAUGGGUUGAAUUUUGCCAGAAUUUUGUCUGAUAAGUGUCCUUUCCCUACUGAUAUUUAAACAUUCAAGUAGUAGUGGAUGGUAAAAUUUUUGUCGACAAAUAAAGAUAAUUUUCUCGGUUAAUUUAGACUACAUUUCUUGGUGAAUUAAAAUAAUUGCCUGUUGUUUAGCUCUCAUCUAGAAACUUAGAUUGCAACACUUAUUUUCUUGACAUUGAUGUACUUAAGCUUGGCUGUCAGAUAUUUUGGUGUAUUAGUGCUUGUUGGUUCUACAAACAGAAUGUAUAAUAAAUUUUGCUGUUUUCUUCUUA